UGAAUCUUGUCCUCUCGUUUCUUCCUGAGCUUAACCCCGCUGCGGGGAUGGAUGUGGGAAUGGGGGAUCCCUGAGGCGGGCCAGCCGGAGCCGUGCUUGUGCCUCUUCUCCAUCUCUUCUUCCUCUCUUCCCCAUCUCUUCUUGCUCCUUUCUCUGCUCCUUUCUCCUCUUCUAUCUCUCACAGCAUCCCCCCGUCUCCCUCAGUCACUCAAAGCCAAAGCCACACUUGCUUUUUCCCCAUCUCUUCCUCCUCUUUUUUUCCUCCUUUCUCUCCUCUUUUCUUUCUCUCCUCCUUUCUCCUAUCUCACUUAGAGCAUCCCCCCAUCUCCCUCAGUCACUCAAAGCCGGAGCUGCACUUGUGCUUCUCUCCCCUUUCCCUUUCCUCCCCCUUUCUGUCCUCCUGCCCUUUUAUCUCUCUUAGAGCAUCCCUCCUCCUCGCUCAACCACUCAAAGCCUUUGCUUUUGUUUGCCGUGCUGUAGUCACAAAUUAAUCUGUGCUGUUUGGGGAUAAGAGGGAUGCACAGAUGGCUCUGGAGCAAUCCUAGAAGGCUGGGAAUGAGGGUCCAUGCAGCAGACACUGUAAUUCCCGGGGCUGUGAAGGAACUCAGUCCCACUCCAUGCAUGGAUGUGAGCCCCUCUGCUUCGGGUCCCCAGCAAGGGCUGGUUUGUUCCGUAGAACCUCGGAGUCAUGAAGGUUGGAAGAGAUCUUUAAUAACCCACCCUCGCUGUGCCCACAUCCCCUCCUUUACAAACCCAACAUUUCCAUUGCUUUCCUGCUUGCAUGCUGGACCCACGGACACGCUGCUGGCUCUGGUGGGUUGUGCCACACCGUGAGCCCAGCGGGUGCAACCUGGCGAUGGGGCUCAGCUCCAUUCCUCCAUCCCCCCCCCCCCCGCCCGUAGCCGUCGCUCAGGAGCCCAUCAGCACAGCAGGGAAGUGCAACACCAUCUACAAAGGUUUUGCUGGCUGCCUCAUCAGCUUGGGGGACAGCAUGGCCCAGAGCGUGCGGCAGCAGCGGGACGAGGAGGAGGAGGAGGGCGGCCAGGAGGCGCAAGAAUUGGACACCAUCUGCAGGUCCUGGGAUGAGUUCCACGCCUGUGCCAGCGGGGUUCUGUCCCGCUGCCCCGAAGAGGCUGCAGCCAUCUGGGAGUCUCUACGCCAGGAAUCCCGCAAGAUCCAGUUCCAGGGAAACCUGCAGGAGCUGUGCAGUGCUCGGGGCCGCCUGGCCAGCUCCCAAGGCUCACCGCCUGCUGAGACCAACCAGGCCACGCUGCGGGGCUCGGCCCGCCACGGUCACCCCAGCAUCCUGCCCCUGCUGGCCCUGCUGCUGCUGGGGGUUUGGGCAUAGGGCUGCUCUCAGCCAAGGACCCGCCGUGCACUGCACUAGGGGUUCAGCCUGGGCUCCCUGCUGACCUCAGUGUGGGCGCAGAUUGAGCCCCAGCCCGACCCCCGCAGCCCUCACCUUCUCCUGGAACC